AUGGCCGCCACCGCCACGGAAGCAAGCACCACUGGUUCGUCGUCGCCGCGCACCAGCUUCGUCGCGGACUCCCUCAUCCUCCCCACGCGCAACGGCAGGCUCUUCGCGUCCACCUUCGCGCUCGUCUACGCCCACACCUUCGUCUCCCUCUCCGUCGCCGUCCUCUACGCCCACCCCCUCGCCACGGCCGUCCUCCUCCGCGUGUACUCGCUGGUCAGGGACAACGACGGUGGCCCCGGCAGGAGCCAGCACGUCGUCUACGCGUCGGAAAGCGACGACGAGAUCCGGGGACACGCCAAGAAGCUGCUCGUCGUCUACCUCGCGUACCUCGCUAGCCAGCUCGCCACGCGGAGGGCACCCGAUGCCGGUAUGGUCGGUGUCCUCCAUGUAUAUCUUCUCCCGUCCAUCGGCGUGCAGCUCUUCUCCACGGUGGCGGCCGCUGUGUUCUACCACCGGUGCAUGGAGCAUCAUCAUGAUCCGGCUGUCCUUCAACCGACGACGAAACUAGCUAUAGCUAAAUCCUCCGUGAUCGAUUAA